AUGCCUCACAGUUAUAUUACAGUUCGAUCUCCUUCAAAGGUUGAUGAUGAAAAUGAAACUUUAGAUUUACCAUUAAAAGAACUUCAAUCAUCAUUGAAUAACUCUGAAGUGGAUUCUGUACUAUCUAAAUUCUCGAAGCACAUUGUCUUACUUCCACAAUCUGAUCAUGUAAGAGUGCUGCAAACAGUUAUACGUAAUAGAGACACUACAAGAAAUGAAUUCUUGUUUAAUGCAGAUCGUCUGAUUCGUUUAAUUGUUGAAGAAGGCUUAAAUCAACUUCCGUAUGAAAAUGUAUGCGUCACAACACCUACAGGUCAUCUAUUCAAUGGAACUAGUUUUCUACGUGGUAAUUGUGGUGUAUCUAUUAUGCGAUCUGGUGAAGCAAUGGAACGUGGUCUACGUGAUUGUUGUCGUUCAAUGCGUAUUGGAAAGAUAUUAAUUCAAACAGCUGAAGAAAGUGAAAUUAUUGAGGCUAAAGUUUAUUAUGCAAAAUUACCACCGAAUAUUGAACAUAGAAAAGUUUUAUUAAUGUAUCCUAUUUUAGCUACCGGAACAACAGUAUUAAAGGCGUUAGAUGUUUUAAGAACGUAUAAUGUAUCCGUAGAGAAUGUGAUUCUAUUAACUUUAUUUGCCUCACCAAAAAGUCUUGUGAAUGUGUUAACGCGUAAUCCGGCGUUAAGAGUUGUUACCUCGGAAAUUCAUUCAAUUGUACCUAGCCACUUUGGUCAACGAUAUUUCGGUACAUUUUAA